AUCCCAGAUCUAUCUGCACUACAACAAAUAUUUUCGAAUCAAUCCAUGGGUAGCACGUUGACCAGCACAUUUCCCGGUUUGACUUCAACUAUUGUUCGAUCACCGGGUGGGACAGUGCAUCUGCCCAAAGAAGUGUUGGAUCUUCGACAGCCGAAUCAAUCGGCCGAAAUGACGUACAGCUCGGCAAAUCAGACUCUCUUCAUUCCGGCCAUUUCAACCUCAUUACCCCGGUUGGAUCACUUGCUUAGUCAGGAAUCAUUCUUUCCCGCCUACUGUUCGGCCGAUAUAACUGGAAUUCACAAUGAAGCCAUUGAUUUGAGCACAAGAAAUGGGCCCGGAAACCAAAUGAUUCCAUCACAAAGUCUGUACGGGACAAAUCCGAUAUCCGAUGGACUGUGUUUAGACCAAAAUGUGACAACCGCGAGUUACAUAAAUCCGGAUGAGCUGAACUGCAAACCAGACAUACCAAUACGCCAACCCCGUGUGAUUGGUACGCGGAAACCUCGCCUAGUCUCCCGAUCUGGAGUGAAUCGUCAGCCAAGACGAAAAUCUACCCGCUUAUUACCAUCAUGUAGUUAUCCAGCCCGAAGAAUGAGUCUGCGCAAUCGACAGCCUCGACGUCGAUAUAUUUUUGAGUCAUCUGACCCAAUUUCAACCGCAGAUGAGGAUGUGGUUGAGUUGGAAUCGGAUCAAGCCGCCAACUCAAACACAAAAAACAGCACAUUGUAUGGACAACCCAGUGAACGAGUGACUAUUCAACAAAUGGAAGAACUGGCCCCGUUGAGGUUACAUUCAAUCUCAUUAGGAGCAGAAUAUCGUCCAAUUGUGAGCAAUAAUUAUUCACCGUACGCGGAGCACUCGAUGCACCGAAGGCAAACGUGUUCCACUUGUCGAAUUCAGUUUGAAGAUUCACUCUCAUUUGUGAAACAUAUUCAACGGGUACAUUUGGGCAUUACUUUGACCGAAAUGAAAAAAGCCAGUAUGAUCCAACCGCAAACCCAGUGGAACACGCUCAACACGACCGCCGCCGCCCGUUCGAUCAGCCAACUACCGUCCGGCGAACAGACCCAAUCGCACGGGGAACGUAUCAAAACAGAACGUUAG